GAUUGUUAAAAAGACCUAGAGAAAGCAAGGGAAGGAGGUGACAUCUGAGAGCCCUGGGUCAUCCUACCCCAUCCAGCCUCUAUCAUUGCUGCUUUGUUCCGUAUUUAGCUCCUGACAACUGUGCCUAGUGCAGGAACUCCCAGCUCUGUUUUUCCUUCCUCCCUCCGCUGUCUCCUCUCCCUUAGAGCUCUCAGAAAUUGCUCUUUCUUUUUACCAGUGGCCAUAACUUAAUACCCCUAUACUCAAGAAGAUGGCAGAAAAGCAGGAGGAGCCCAGCAACACACAGAAUGGUGAACCUGACAACACAGAAGAAGGUGAGGAAAAAAAGAAGAAGAAGUUGAAGCGGGAAGACCUGCCACCAUUUGAAAUUGUGACAGGGGAGCGCCUCCCAGCCAUAUUUUUCAAAUUCCAGUUCAGGAACGUGGAAUACAGCUCAGGCAGGAACAAAACCUUCCUGUGUUAUGUUGUCGAGACCCAAGGCAAAGAGUCAGUGACUUCUCGGGGUUACCUGGAAGACGAGCAUGCAGCUGCCCACGCAGAAAUGGCUUUCUUCAACACAAUUUUACCGAAGUGUGAAUCAAGCCUCCGCUACAACAUCACCUGGUACGUCUCCUCCAGUCCCUGUGUGACCUGUGCCGAUCGGAUAACCGAGACCCUAAAGAAGAACAAGAACCUGCGUCUGACAAUCAUGGUAGGGCGCCUCUUCAUGUGGGAAGAACCAGAAAUGCAGGCUGCCCUGAAAAAAAUGAAGUCAGCUGGCUGCAAGCUGAGGAUUAUGAAGCCUCAAGACUUUGAGUAUGUCUGGCAGAACUUUGUGGAACAGGAGGAAGGAGAGGAAGCAAAGGCUUUCGUGCCAUGGGAGGACAUUCAAGAGAACUUCCAGUAUUAUGAGGAAAAGUUGGCUGAGAUUUUGCACUGAAGCUCACGACCAAUUCAGAAAAGAUCUAUGAAGAGAGAUGAGACAGACUUGGACAUCUGGGACACUCCUGCUUUCCAAAGCUUUGAUUCCAGCAGGAUGGAGUAGAAACUUCUGGAAGACAAGGCCCUGAUGGACUACAAAUACAUAUACAACACAGAUCUUUGGUGUCUGGGAUUUUUUUUUUUGGUUUAUUUUGUUCCUCCCCGCCCUGCCCCAAACAAACCCAUGCUGCCUCUGCUGGUAGGAAAAAAGAAGGCAACAUACUGUGUGGUUAAAGUCUUGAAUGGAUUGCAGUGGACCUACAGGAAAGUCUGCAGGCCUCACGUACUGGGACUACUUUACAAGGAAAGAUCUUAGAACAAAGCUGCCAAUUAGAGAAAUGCAUUUAGAAAGUAAAUACUUCAUAAAUGUUGAAAAGAAAGGGAUUUAACAUGAAAAAAAGGUUUUCUUCCUCUGUCCUCCUCAAUAAUUAAGAGCUGUGAUUUAAAUUAGGAGUGACUGGUCUAUUCCAAAUUAUGAUGGAGCCCUAAGUACUUGAUUUCAAAUACAUCAAACACCUUCUCCCCUUAUUCAAUGAUGUUUGUGAUAUAAAACUGGGAAAAGCAAACUGAAAUAAAAUUGGAAAUCACUGCAAAAACCUA